CUAAAAAUAUGUUUGAAGAGCCUUAACGAUGUUCAUAUUAGUAAUUAAAGAUAUUACAAUUGAUUUUGCUUGCUAUUUUUAGGUAAUAAGUAAACUAGUAAUGAUGUUCACAAAAAAAUCUGAAGUCCGAGAUAUGCUCCACAAAAUAGAGAAUUUAUUUUGGGAAAUCGAAAACGUACCUAGUGACGAAGAGAAAGAAGAAUACAUGGAACUCAUACAAAAUGCAAAAUACUUGUUCCAUAUCCGUAUAUUUUUAUUCAUGAUCUGGCUUUCCAGUUCUCUUAGUACAUACAGUACAUACAUAAUGGAGGACAGCGAUAUGCAGCCAUCAACAUCGGCAAAAAGAGGCAGAUAUGAAAGCAAACGUCAGUUAACCAACGAAGAGUUACUGAAUAUCUUAGAAGGGUCAUCAGAUGAAUCGGACGAAGAGAUGGAGUUGGAAAUGUCAAACAGUGAUGACGCUGGAAGCGAUAGCGAUGAAGGGGUUGUGCUUUAA